GAGCCUGGGUUUGGUCUCAAGGUCUAAGGUCCAAGGUUCUGCACCUCCACAGUAUGGAAAAAUUGUGGGAAUGAACUGUGUGGCUGAGAAAUCUAGCUUGUAGCAGCUUGCGAAAUGCUUGGCGACACAGUGACCAUCUGGAGUGAACGCAAAGAGGACCGUCAAAGUCCAAAGAAGCACUGAGCUGACGUAACGGCACAGGGCCCCAUGGUUUUAUCAUAUGGCAAGAGAAGAUCCGGGAUAAGAGCAGUGGAGAAUUAACUGCUCAGAAGGGACGCAGCGUGCCAACAGAGCUCUCUCCGCUGCUCGAGCAUUUGACCUUCCAUGGCCCCUCUCACUCGGGAGGAGAUCCAAAAGUUCCGCCGAGACGGAUUCCUGGUCCUCGAAGAGUUUUUCAGCGCCGAGGAGUGUGAUGCGAUGAGGGCCCAGAUCCAAAGGAUCGUUGCCGAGAUGGAUGUGCCUCCGCACUGCCGCACAGAGUUUUUGACGAAGGAGCAGGAGCAGCUGCAGGCGCAGAUGCAGGGCAGCGCAGAGUAUUUCCUUACCAGCGGAGACAAGAUCAGGUUCUUUUUCGAAAAAGGUGUUUUCAGUGAAAAAGGAGAGUUUCUUGUUCCACGAGAGCGAUCGAUUUGCAAAAUUGGCCAUGCACUGCACGCCCACGACCCCAUCUUCAAGCGGGUCACUCACGCCUCGCAAGUGCAGGCGUUGGCAAAAGAAAUUGGGCUCAGGCGUCCUGUGGUGGUGCAGAGCAUGUACAUCUUCAAGCAACCUGGCAUUGGAGGUGAAGUGACUCCGCAUCAGGAUGCCACGUUUCUGCAUACAGACCCUCUGGGCAGGGUUGUGGGUCUCUGGAUAGCCCUGGAAAAUGCCACACAAGAGAACGGUUGUUUGUGGUUCAUCCCUGGCUCCCACACAAGUGGGAUCACUCGUCAGAUGGUCCGAACCGCGCCUGGGACGGUGCCAUGUACCACAUUUGUGGGCCGCGAGCAGCCGUACGAGGAGAGUCGGUUUGUUCCUGCCCCUGUUGGGAAAGGUGGCACUGUGCUCAUUCACGGGGAGGUCGUCCAUAAAAGUGAGCACAACUAUUCGGAAAAGUCCCGCCACGCCUACACGUUCCACCUGAUGGAGGCCGAGGGGACCACCUGGACUGCAGAAAACUGGCUUCAGCCAACUCCCUCCUUGCCUUUCCCACCUCUAUACACACACAACUAAGAACCGGGAUCCUCCGAGCGCGACUGGCUGGUGGACUCUUGUGCCUGGGGCACUCCUGCCGGCUGCUCCUGGUUUUGGAGCUAGGUUUUUAUUCCUGGAGUUUCUUCCUGGAGCACCUUUUCGCCUUUGGCUGGGAAGGCUGUGCUGGUGGCCCAGGCUCUGAACUGUGGCUGAGCAGGCCUGAGUUCGAACUACCACUCAGCCAUGAAGAUCCUUGGUGGACUCUGGACAAAUCCCCCCUCCCCCCACAGCAAGGAUGUGACAAUAAAAGGGAACGGAGCCCCUUGUAGCAGGGCCCCCACUCUCUGAGCUUGUAUGCACACCUGCAGCUUCUGACAGUGCGUUGUGGGCACGCUCACAAAAUGGCUGCCAUGGGGACACACCUGGUCUCAGGACACACAUUUGGCAGUGGCAUUCCAGGAUUUUAAAAUCUCCCCCUGUCCAUGUGUUAAAUGCAAAGGGAAACAUUUAGGAUGGUUCCUCAGCAGCUGCUAAAUGCAGGCCUGCCGCCUCUGGUCAAGGAGGCAGCACAUUGCCAGCGGGGCCGGUAGUCACGGAUCGCCUCCUCCCUCAUGAAUCUGUCCUUGCGUCUGCAGUUAAAAAGCUUCUCAUCCUAAGCUAUUUAUAUGGUACAUAGAAACGAUUUAAGUUUCCUUUUCAAAAUAGAAGUGAGACCUGCCAAAUUGGUUCCCCGAUCAAUUUAAGGUGCAGGAGACUUGCUAUGGAGCCCAGACCAUUCUGGAGUGUGGGGAGGGGGAGGGAAGUGCCCAAAUCUCAGUAAUCCAAGUUACCUGAAGGACUGUUUCCUAUAUGUACCUGCUUCCCCCUAAGCUCACCUUUAGAAGCUCCUCUCUGGGCGUCCCUGCUGAAUAAGGGGAGUGGUAUUCCAGCUGGGAAAGGCUCUUCUCACGGCGGCUGACCUGCUCCUACCUUGAAUGUUUGUUUGGUACCUGGAGAAGACCUUAUUCUCUCUUUCAGCCCUUUAAAUGUGUUUUCCUACCAGAUCUUUGCUGCUGGCUUUUGUUUUCUAUGUGUAAAAAGUAUAAAAGUACAAUGUAUUAUUACA